GCAGCAGAGCCUGCAUCACCUUGAAGUCUGCUCGCUUCUGCCUACCCGCAGUCCCCUCCCUUCACAUUCCUCUUUCUAUCCCUCUCUUCCUCAUUCUCAUCCUCUUCUGUUCUUCACCUUCCUUUUCUCACGGUCUUUCUCUCCUUAGUCCACUCUUUUUUUUUUUUUUUUUAUCUUUUCCAAAAUGUACCAGAACGCAUGGAUUGCCAGCUAUCUCAGCCAUGUGAAGUGCUGUCAAGGCAUCACAGGAGAGGCUCUUAAAGUCACCAGACCCAAACUACAGCGGAGGGCUCUCAGUUUCCAUAAACAGUUUUCAUUUGAAGAAAAAGAAGAGGUAGCACAGAACAACAAGCCUGUGGAUGCUCUUGCUAGUUUACCCAAAGUCUCAGAGUUAAGGAAACGGUUUGAGCACAUAAACACGAGUCAGAGUGACUGCUGGGCCAUGAACAGGAAAGAACGAAUUGCUCGCCGGCUGGAAGGAAUAGACAGUGACAUUCAGCUCUCCCUUCCAAAUGCUGGUCUGACCAAUCGGCUGCUGGAAGAAGAUACCCCCAGAUACACUCGUGCAGCAGACUCUUGUGACCCCUGCACAGUUCCUGUUCAGCACUUUGCUAAAGAUGAGACUGGAAUUUCGUACCCCAGAAGUUCAGAGGAUGAAUCCAUGCACCGAAGUCGGCUUGAAAUGCACAUGGCUCAGAUUGAACCUGCCUACCACCCCAGCUCUUCUGUAACAGUCGAGCAUGAGUCUAAAGCUGAGCGCAUUGCCCGCUACAAGGCUGAACGCCGUCGCCAGCUCUGUGAGCGCUACCGCAUCUUGAUGGACGAAGAGGCAGAUAAGGACUAUGCCGGCCACCACUCUCGAAUGCGAAGGGAGCCUGAGGGCUCGGAGCGCCAGCACAGACGGCAAGCUGAGGAAUUGGAGCAUAAUGCCCAAACCUCACAUGCCCAGGCAGGAAAAAUGCCCUCUCAGGCCAGCACCGAGCAAGAGUCUAGCCGAGAGCAGGCUGAUUCAUUCUCUGAACAUGAGAGGAGGAUGAAUUUGGAAAACCAGAAGAGGGUACAGGACACAGGAAGAACGCAUGGAGACGGAACAGCUCCUGACCCAUCUGCACCUUACAUAGACACUACUGGAGUGUCCAGAGCGUCAAGGGAACAGGAAGUUAUUGGAUCUCCGAAAGCGGGUCGACCUGCAAAGCAAGCGGCUUCUCCAGGAGAUCUGUUCAUUGAGCAACAGGCUCUUAACGUUCUCCAGAGACAAGGUGAACCAGCAAGCCAAUGGUCACUCCAGAGAGAUUCAGAAGGAGACACCAAUUCCCCAAUCAACUGGCCCUCCAGAAUCAGAGCUAGGGAAAGACUGACUCGUGAUGAGCCAGCCCACAAGGGUCAUGAGGUCUGCUCCACAUCAGACACCGCUGUGUACCACUGUGAUGCACAGCCCUCCUCCAAUCAUCGUCCAUCCAGUUUCCAGCACUCCCGUCCUAGGCAAGCAGAGCACCACGACCCUGGCUGUUAUGGCUACCUAUCCAUGGGUACUGAUCCUAGUCUUCAGGCUUGGCAGCAAGCAGAAGUAAGAGUGGAUGAAACAAGGAGUCAAAGGGAUGUGAAACAGGAGGUGGCAGAGGAACUCCUGAGGACCAAAAAAGCUGUUUUGCCCUCUGAAGUCCGUAGACGAGAAAGAAGUGUUGACACUUCCCACCGUGGAAGAUCUGUCGACUCAGGUAUGGCCUCACGUCAUCAAGGUCACACUGCACCCAGCAGAGAGGAAGUCCUUGGAGGACACGCCAGAGGAAGGCAAGGACGUAGCUCAAGAAGAGAGGAGCACGCAGAGCAUGUCUCUCGACUUCAAGCUACUGAAGAAAUGCAGACAAGAGCCAGGCAGGUCCAAGAAAGGACAUCUAAUGGCUGGUAUCACCACCAGGGGACAGGCAAUCAACUAUCUCAUGCUAGCACUCAAGGCUCUUCUCAACCAUCCAGUGGUAAAUGGGCUCAGGAUUCAAGCAAACAGCAGCUUAGUCGAUACAGUCAAGACUCUGCAAAUCCCCAAUCUGAAUCUGGAGUUCCUAUGCAAGAGGCUGUUCACAAAAGAGAGGAAACCCAUAGAAGAGAGGCUAUUCCUCAAAAUUCCAGGGACAACAGAGAUCACUCGCCAGUAGACUUGAGGGUUUCUGUAGCCCAGCUACGCCACUCUUACCUGGAAAGUGCCACAAACUCCCAGAAAACUGAACAGGUUGAGGUGAUUCCUGCAGUUUCAGAAGUUCCCUGGAGAAGUGAAAGAGCAUCCCGUCGCCCCCGGCGAUACACAUCUCCCAAUAAAAGUAGAAAAACUUCUGAGAGGUUUAGAACUCAGCCAAUCACUUCUGCCGAGCGGCAAGAGUCUGAUAGGUGUUGUCCAGCCCCAGAAUCUCAGAUCACUGAAGUGGAUGAGGAGAAGUUGGAUGAUAGAGCAAAGAUGAGUGUUGCAGCAAAACGCUCUCUUUUUAGGGAGUUGGAGAAGAGCGUGAACGAAUCAGCUUUGAAGUCACAAAGUCAAAAUUCUGCUUUACAACGCAGAAUGAGACGAGGUCAGGACCGUUACCGCACACAACCUAUUACAUCAGAGGAAGUCGUCAUUGCUGCUACUGUCCCUGGUCCUUUGUCACAGAUUGUGUCUGUUCACUCCUCUGUAGCACGUGUUCCUAGUCCCACUCUAGUGAACAGCACAGUCACCAAACACAGCUCUUUGGUAAAGAAGCCAGCAAGAGAAAUAGCAGAACCAGAGAGGACUGAAGAGAUCCAGGAGGAGCCGGACCAAUCCACCCUCAGCCUGGCAGAGAAAAUGGCCAUCUUCAACAGACUCACCCAGCAGCCUAGCCAUAACCGACAGAGAGACACUCGAGCACGUCGGAGUAAUGCCCGCUAUCAGACGCAGCCCAUUAUACCCGGAGAGGUUGAGCAGGAUGGCUCGGGUUCUGAACUUUAUGAGGUGGAAUCACUGCAGUCAGAUGAGAUGGAACAUGUUUUAGGUGGAUCUUGUUUAAACUCCACCUCCUCCGCCAAUAAAUCUACCACGGUUUCCUCAGCACAUGCAGGUGAUAUCCAUCUGACUACAUCAAGCAAAUCCUAUGAUGAGAGAGCUUUUCCACCUUGGCACAAAUCACAACCUCUUUCAACAAACAGCAAAGGCCACUCUGAAGGGCCAGUGGCUGAGAAAGAGGAUUCUGCUCUGUGCAUAGGAAAGCGUAAACAUCCCUCUCCAGACAGUGUAAAACAGCCAGUCAGAGAAUGGGAACAGCUGAGAGGCCAUGCCAGACAGGAAUUGACCUCCUGUGACCUUCAAGACCCUGAUGGUUAUCAGAGGUUUACAUCAGCAGUGUCAGGUCUUCCUGAGCAAACUGUUUCAGUGAAAGCUGCAGCAGCUGUGACUGCACCACAGCCCUCAUACUGUAGCUCGUCUACCUCACAGCACGCACACUCUCAGACACACAAUCUUCAUUCCCCGGAGUUUAGCAGAGUUAUUUCUGAGCAGAGGGACAGUGAACGAGACCUGCACGCUGAAGAGGGAGAAGACAUCUCAGACAUCAUGUUGGCUAGACAGAUGUCAAUCAAAGAAAGGCUUGCUCUGCUGAGGAAGAGUGGUGAGGAAGACUGGAGGAACAGGAUCAAUAAGAAUCAGGAUGCUGUGAAGGUGGCGCUUUCAGAAAAACAUUCUCAGCUGUGGGAGGUAGAGCAGACCUUUAAGAAGAAGGGACAUGGCAUAAUAGAUGACCUUGCGAUUUCUGAUCAGCUCUGGGAGCCAGUUUUUUCUUCCACUUUUACGUGCUCCCCUGAGUCUCUGGAUCUCACUGACUCUUCUCUCCAGGCAAAACCACUAUCUGUGCAGGCAGAUGAACGUCAUCCCUGGAGACGCAAGAGGAUAGGAGAUAAGGUGGUGGAGAGUCACUGGUCUGAAAACAUUGAGAUGUCCAUUCAGGAACGUAAGCAACUCAUCACAGCUCAGGAGAAUUCCUGGAAGGUCAAAGGACACGGCUCUGCCAACGACUCCACUCAGUUUACUGUGGCUGGCCGAAUGGUCAAGAAAGGUCUGGCAGCCCCAGUGGCACUUACAAAUCCAGUACUUGUUUCUCCACCACUUAAAAGCAAGAAUUCCAUCUCCAAACCACAAGGAGAGAUUGAAGUGAGAGAGGACAUGACUGUUGAGUCAGAUAAGAAGCUGGAUAAACUUGAGUCCUUUUUGGGUCGACUUAAUAGUAAAUGUGGGCUGCCGGAGACAACUCUAACAGUCACAGAGAAAAAGAUUAAAGAAGUUAUGACUUUGGAUGAUGAGUGCUUUGAUAAGUUCUACAAGCACACAGAGGAACUUGCUAAUGUUACCAGCAAAGUGGAAAUUGACGAUGACUUUGAUGCUAUCUUUGGAAACCAAAUGUCUAUGCUGACUUCUGAAAUGGUGCAGCACAAGCGUGCAAUGCGCCCAGCUCGAAACGUACAGUCAUCCAGAAACCCUUUAAAGCUGUUAGCUUCUCGAGAGGACAUUAGACAUGAGUACACAGAGCAAAGACUCAACAUCGCCGUGCUUGAGAGCAGAAGGAUCCGGGAGGAGAAAAUAAAUAAGAACAGUGGCUUUUCAGCAGUGGCUCUGGCUGGCUUAGCGAGUAAAGAAAACUUUGGCAGUGUGAAUCUGCGCAGUGUGAAGGUUGCUGAGCAGAGCUCCCACAGCAGUGCCAUGCCCUACAAGGCCACCAUGCUCAUGCAGGUCAAAGGUCGACGGCAUGUCCAAACAAGGCUAGUUGAGCCUAGAGCUUCCUCUCUGAACAGUGGGGAUUGCUUCCUGCUGAUUACACAUCAUCACUGCUUCAUCUGGGUUGGAGAGUUUGCAAAUGUCAUUGAGAAGGCAAAAGCUGCAGAACUGGCAACUUUUAUCCAGACCAAGCAUGACCUUGGCUGCAGAGCUCAAUAUGUUCAACCCAUAGAAGAAGGCAUCAAUACCCACAGCCAUGGAGCCAAGGAGUUCUGGAAGAUUCUUGGAGGGCAGGCAAGCUAUCAAGUUGCAGGGAAUCCAGACGAAGACGAGUUUUAUGAGAGAGCCAUAGUGGAGACGAACUGUGUUUACAAACUUCUGGGUGACAAGCUGGUUCCCGAUGAUGACUACUGGGGCAGAGUGCCACGAUGCUCUAUGCUCAGUCCAACAGAGGUGCUGGUAUUUGAUUUUGGCAGUGAGGUAUACGUGUGGCAUGGUAAAGAGGUAUCCCUGGCACAGAGGAAAGUGGCAUUUCAGCUGGCAAAGCACCUGUGGAAUGGGACCUUUGACUACACGACCUGUGAUAUUAACCCACUGGACCCAGGAGAGUGCAACUCACUUAUACCCAGGAAGGGACAGGGCAGGCCAGACUGGGCUGUGUUUGGUAGGCUGACCCAGCACAAUGAGACAACCCUGUUCAAAGAGAAAUUUCUUGACUGGAAUGACUCCAAGGAUCCAAAGAAGAACGACUGCACACAAUCUGUUGAGCACAAGGAGUUACCGAGUGGUGAAUGCCGGCCGUAUGAUGUCUCUUUGAUGUUGUCCUCGACGUGUGCACCCGUUCGGACCAUUCUGGAUGGUGUAGAUGUUGGGCGAGGUUAUGGAUUGGUAGAGGGGGAUGACAGGAGGAACUUUGAGAUCAGCACACUGUCUGUGGAUGUGUGGCAUAUUCUGGAGUUUGACUACAGUCGCUUACCUAAGCAGAGUAUUGGCCAGUUUCAUGAGGGAGACACAUACGUUGUUAAAUGGAAGUACAUGGUCAGUGCGGCAGUGGGAAAGAGGCUAAAUUCUGAGCGGAUUAUUGGUCCAGGGAAGGAGAGGUGUGCAUAUUUUUUCUGGCAGGGUCGUAACUCCACGGUCAGCGAGAAGGGAACAUCUGCUCUCAUGACUGUGGAGCUGGAUGAAGAAAGAGGAGCACAGGUCCAGGUGCAGCAGGGAAAGGAACCCCCGUGUUUCUUACAGUGUUUCAAUGGAGGGAUGAUGGUUCAUGCCGGAAAGAGAGAAGAAGAGGAGGAAAAUGCACAAAAUGACUGGCGCCUGUGCUGUGUUAGAGGUGAGAAGCCAGUGGAAGGCCACCUGCUGGAGGUGGUGUGUCACUGCAGCAGUCUGCGCUCUCGCACCUCCAUGAUUCUGCUCAACAUCCCUAAAGCCAGCAUUUAUCUGUGGCAUGGCUGCAAAGCUCAGACACACACAAGGGAUGUGGCCCGUACCACCGCUAACAAGAUCAAAGAGCAGUGUCCUCUGGAGGCAGGACUUCACAGCAGUAGUAAAGUGACCAUCCAAGAGUCCGAGGAGGGAACUGAACCAAUUGGCUUCUGGGAGGCUCUGGGUAGACGGGACCGGAAAGCAUAUGAUUGCAUGAUUCAUGACCUUGGAAAGUUUAACUUUACACCACGGCUAUACCACCUAAGUAGUUCUUCAGGAGAAUUUAAUGCAGUGGAGCUAAUCUGUCCAUCUAGAGAGCCAAAUUUGGUUAAUUCAAUGCCCUUUCAUCAGGAGGAUCUGUACACUGCCUCUCAACCAGCUUUGUUUUUGGUAGAUAAUCAUCAUGAGGUAUACCUGUGGCAGGGCUGGUGGCCUCAGGACAGUGAAAAUACAGGUUCUGCUUGCAUCCGAUGGGACUUGGACAGGAAGUGUGCAAUGGAAACUGUACUCCAGUACUGCCAAAGGAAAAAUGAGAAGAAGCCUCCAAAAGCUUACCUGAUUCAUGCAGGACUAGAGCCUCUCACAUUUACUAAUAUGUUUCCCUGCUGGGAGCACAGAGAAGACAUUGCUGAGAUUACAGAGAAGGAAGCAGAAGUAUGUAAUCAGAUUAUUCUAGUGGAAGAUGUGUUGGCCAGACUGUGCAAGACCACUUAUCCACUUGCUGAUCUCAUGGCCCGGCCCUUACCAGAAGGCGUUGAUCCUCUGCACCUUGAGAUGUAUCUAUCAGAUGAAGAUUUUGAGGGUGUAGGGGCAUAUGGGAAGAAAGCUCUGGAGAUGAAGAGGAGUGAGUUUGAAACACUGCCGAGUUGGAAGCAGGUGAAUGUGAAGAAGGCUAAAGAAUUGUUCUAGUGGGAGUUGGAAAGUGAGUGUGUUAAGCAGAUGGACCUGUGGUCACUGUAGUAACGUUAAGGAUGAUGGGAUAUGCAUGUUGAGUGAUUGUACACUCCCGUUCUGUCUGCACUCUAUGAAUGCAUAUCUGAGUGUGCUGGUGCAAGUCUAUCAAAAAGGAGAAAAAUAAAAGAAGUUGAUUUUGCUGGAGAUCAGCAGAGGUUUACCAGCCUCUUGUAGCAUAUCUUUUCUUUUGCUUUUUUCUGUUAAGUAUUCUUUUUUCCUCACAUUUUCUGAUUGUAAAAAGCUGUAACAUAUUGUAAUGUCUCUUGAUUUAGAUUUCCAUCUUCCAGUGUUAUUUUUAAAUUUGUGUGUUCUUUCUAUAAGGUCAUUCCACUACAUGUCUGUGUAGCAGAAGACAUGCUACCAUCUAGUUCCCUUUAAAAACUGAAAAUAUUCAGCCAGUUUAAGCAAUGACCUCCUCGCACCAGCAGACUGUUUAAUAUAACAACCUUACAGUAUCUGGCGGUUCUAUACAGUAAAAAGUGAAAACAGAUAGUUGGAAUGAUCACAGUAAUGUAGUGAUAAAGCCCAACUUUCUACAUCACAAGUUCUCCUGUUCUACAGGUGCUGAGGUGUGUGUGGGUGUGUGUUACAAGUUUAAUAAAUUGUUUUCUGAGGUGAAUCAGACCUUUUUGCUCAGAUUCUACAGUGUAUAGUGCCUUGGCGUUCAUGUACAGUUUAUAUAAUGAAAUAUGAUAAUCCAAUAUUUUAAGAUGUUGUGAAUAUAUAAAUAAUAAAAUAUGAAAAUAAACACUGAA